AUGUCGUCCUCUUCGGAAGAGAAGAAGCUGAAGCAACAGAACCCAACUCCAACACUUCCCGAUGAAAUACUCAGAAGUUGCAUCGCAAAACUCUCAAAACUAUACUACCCGACUCUCUCCCUCGUCUCGAAAAGCUUUCGAUCUCUUCUAGCAUCACCGGAGCUAUACAUAGCCCGAUCACUCUCUGGACACACCGAGAGCUGUCUCUACGUAUGCCUAGAGUCAUCUUCCGGCUCACGAUGGUUCACCCUCUGCCUAAAACCUGAUAAAAACAAAGAUGACGUCAGCAAGAACAAGAACAAGAAGAGUUAUGUUUUGUCCAAAGUCCCAACUCUCCACUCUCCUCCCGCCGUGUUUUCGGGUCUUGUCUCCGUCGGUUCAGACAUCUACAACAUCCGAUCCUCCUCCAACGUCUCGGUUCUUGACUGUCGGUCUCACACGUGGCGCAAAGCUCCGAGCUUGCCUCUGCAGCUGAUGGCGCUCUCCGCUUGCGUCGUCGACGAGAAGAUAUACGUAGCGGGGAUCCACGGCGAGUCGUUGAAGAACUCGUCGAAGGUGCUUGACACGAGAAAGAGCUCGUGGAAUCACGUGGUCUCCAUCCCUUGCCGCAUGACGAGACGAGGGGUCUUGAACAUGGUGAGCGUGUGCGUCGACGGGAAGCCGCACGUGGCGACUGAUGGAAGAGUGGUUUGUUAUGACUCAGAGGGAGGUAAGUGGGAUGUGGGGAAAACGAAGAUGGGUUCUUUUUGGUUUUCGGAUUCUUAUUGCGGGGUUGAGAAUGUUUUGUACUCUGUUUAUAAUGGGAAGUUUAGAUGGUAUGAUGGUGAGGUGAAUGUUUGGAGAGGUGUGGAGGGUUUAGUCGGAAUGCCUAAAUUUUUGCCUGGUGUUUCGGUUAGAUUGUGUGAUUAUGGUGGUAAGAUGAUUGUCGUGUGGGAUGAGAACAUGCUGUCUAGUGGCGAGAACAAGAUUUGGUGUGCUGAGAUUGAGCUUGAAAGGCGUGGGGGUUCGGAAAUUUGGGGAGAAGUUGAGUGGAUUGAUCAUGUGCUUACAGUUCCUAUAGGCUAUUAUAUCGUCAAGGCUCUUUCUGUUACCGUUUGA